AUGUCUUAUAGAGGACCCAACCAGUUCAACAACCAGUUCAAUCUGCCCAUGGGGUCGCCAAUGGGUGUUCCUCAGCCCAGCAAAAUCGGACCCGUAUCGACUCAGCUGUCGAGUCUUGAGAAGUUUGAGGCCAUCUCGAAGAAAAUUGAAAAUAUCUUGGAUGACUACUUCAGUCCCGUUAAGCCAUAUGUUCCAGGUAUCGGACGUUUGUUCAUCGUCGCUACCUUCUACGAAGACGCCAUGAGAAUUUUCUCGCAAUGGUCUGAGCAGGUUUACUACUUACAUGUCUACAGAAGAUAUUGGAAGUGGCUUACAGUGUUGUUCUUGGUAGUCAACAUCGUCACCAUGUUCACUGCUUCGACCCUCUUGGUAUUGAGAAAGCACCUGACCUUUUCCACCGUGGCCUUGUGUCUGGUUGUUGUUUUUCAGGGCAUUUUCUAUGGGUUGAUCUUUGAUAGCCAGUUUCUCUUGAGAAACUUGUCUGUGGUGGGAGGCUUGAUUUUGGCCUUCUCUGACUCCCUUGUCAGAGACAAGAGAGCUUUGCCUGGCUUACCUAUGAUUGGUAACCAAGAUAACAAGAAAUACUUUUUGUUGGCCGGCAGAUUGUUGUUGAUUUUCUUAUUUUUGGGAUUUGUUUUCUCUGCCAACUGGUCGUUCGUACGUGUCAUUGUCAUUCUUGUGGGUCUCUCGGCAUGCACUUCUAUUGUGGUGGGUUACAAGACCAAGGUUGCUGCUGCAGUGUUGACUCUUUUGUUGUUCAGCUACAACAUGGCUGUCAACCAAUUCUGGAAGUACCUGUCCUAUAAUGCCAACAGAGACUUCUUGAAGUAUGAGUUUUUCCAGACUUUGUCGAUUGUGGGAGGACUCUUGAUUAUUGUCAAUGCUGGAGCCGGAGAAUUGUCUAUUGACGAGAAGAAGAAGAUUUACUAG